AUGCAGCCUCAAUUUGUUGUACUUUUGUCGAUGCUAACCACCGCACUGGGCAGUCCAGUUGAACUGGUGGGACAUGUCGUGAGCGUGAGGGCACCACCGGCAAACACGUGCCCAGUGGUCAAAAAUGCCCGCUGGCACGCUGUGAAUGGCGGCGAAGUAACUGAUGAUAUCUGCUUCACUGCGGAAGAAGAUCAAACUCAUACCGCCACUAUCAAUGGGCCAACUGGCGGCGGCGGCAGAAACAACGUUGUCCUGACUACCACGAGUCACCGCAUGCACGAUAUCAGUGGCGAAACCUUUUUCCAGUAUGUUGCCAACAUGCAAAACAACAUGGGUCACGCCGCCGAGUUCUAUGCCAGCACAAGCCAGAAUGAAAGAGGAGGCCCCGUCGUGAUUCAACCUGGUCAAUCUGCUGCCCACAUUGGCUAUGUCAACGACUACAUCCAGCAGCUUUUCCUCAGCAUCAAGUGGCUUGGUCCUUAG